AUGGCCACUUUAAACCCUUUUGGGCUUCUGGGUGAUGAUGACGCCGAGGACCCGUCGCAGCUUCUUGCUGCCCAGAAGAAAGCUGCGGCGCCAGCUCCAGCUAGGGCUCCUGCUCAACUGAAGAAAGGUCCGGCGAAGGCUCAACCGGAGGCUAAGUUGCCGACCAAGCCAGCUCCUCCAGCACAGGCUGUGAGGGAGUCGAGGAAUGAAGGCCAGCGUGGAGGCCGUGGUGGGGCCCAAGGUGGCCGUGGUGGCCGUGGAUACAACAGAGAGACAUUUGACAGUGAUAAUGUAUUCGAUAACAACAAUGGUUUUUCUGGUGGCCUCAGCAAGCCUUCUGAAGAUGGUGAUGGCCGGAAAGAUUCUGCUGAACGGCGUCUGUAUGGUGGGCCCCGUGGCGGCAGUGGGGCAUCCCGUGGUAGCCGCCGUGGUGGUUUCAACAACGGGGAAUUUAACGAUGGACGAAGGUUUUACGAGCGUCGCAGUGGGACCGGGCGAGGGAAUGAGUUCAAACGUGAGGGUGCUGGGCGUCGAAAUUGGGGGACUCCCACUGAUGAGAUUGUGACUGAAACUGAGGAUCCCACAAAUGAAGUAAAGAAUGUCGAGUCUGAAAAAGAAUCAGGGCAAGAUGUUGCUGGUGAUGCAAACAAGGAUUCUUCUCCUAAUGAACAGGAAGAAGUUGAGCCACAGGAGAAGGAGAUGACAUUGGAGGAGUAUGAGAAGGUACUCGAAGAGAAAAGAAAGUCAUUACUUGCGCUGAAAACUGAGGAAAGAAAGGUCAACUUGGACAAAGAACUUGAAUCUAUGCAACUUCUGUCUAACAAGAAGAAUGAUGAUGAAGUGUUCGUUAAACUGGGGUCUGAUAAGGACAAACGCAAAGAGGCUGCUGAGAAGGCAAAAAAGUCUGUAAGCAUAAACGAGUUUCUGAAGCCUGCGAAUGGGGAAAACUACUACAGAGGAGGCGGGCGUGGGAGGGGACGUGGCCGUGGUGGGUACGGAGGCCCAACCAUUCAUGACUUGCGGGCCCCAGCUAUUGAAGAUGUCGGGCAGUUUCCUUCCCUUGGUGGAAAGUGA